AUGAAUCGUAUGAUUGUGAAAUGUCGGCGAUGCAAGCACAUACCUCGCAUCCAAGGCAUUAAAUACUACUCCUCUUCCUACCGCCCCUCAAUCGCCGCAAAGCCUACCCUCGACAUAUACCAGAUCCGCAACAAUGCAGAUCUCUACACUCAAAACUGUCUCUCAAGAAACUGCCCCGAACUCGCCUCCAACCCUUCCCGCAUCGUCAAGCUCAUGCACUACCACCAGGCUUUGCAGUACGCUGCGAAAUCUUUACGCGAACGCGCAAAUGCUUUACAGAAGGAGCUUCUAGUGCUGAAAGAAGAGAGUAAGAACAUUGACGGAGCGCUCAAGGAAGCGAGGGAGACUGAGACAAAGCUUCUUGAAGUUGAAGAAGUAGAGGAGGGUAUCAUGAGCAAGAUAGAAGAGUUGGCGCUGGCGUUGCCGAAUCUUGCAAGUAAGGACACGCCGAAGACCGAGUUUGAGCCUAUCUGCCAUGUCAACGCCGACGAAAAGACUAUUCAGAUCAAGGACAGCAAGGGAAAGCCAAUUCAUCACGUGGAUAUCGGAACACAGCUUGGCAUCAUCGACUGUGCUUCCGCUGACACCACUUCCGGCAGGGGAUGGUAUUACCUCGUCGGCGCCGGCGCCCUCUUAGAACAGGCACUCGUCUCCUACGCUCUCACCUUUGCAACCCGCGAAGGCUGGACUCCCGUCUCGCCUCCGUCUCUAGUCUACUCGCACAUCUCCGCCGCUUGCGGGGCUCAAUCUCAGGAUAGUAGCGGUGAGCAACAAGUGUACAGCAUUGCGCAGGAUGAGAAGGAUGAGCCAGAGAUGAGUCUGGCAAGAUCAAGCGAUAUUGCACUGGCUGCAAUGAAGGCAAACACAGUAAUCUCGGAGGACGAGUUGCCGCUCAGAAGGGUCGCUGCUUCAAGAUGUUAUAGGCCUGAGGCUAGGCCCAACACGGAGGGACGGUAUAACGUGCAUGAGUUCACCAACGUGGAGUUAUUUGCCUGGACGAAGCCAGAGGAGGAAGAGAUGGAAUACUUCUUUAACGAAAUCAUCUGUGGCACGCACAGCAGAGGGGCAUAUAUAAGGGUUAAAAGAGCCUUGAUUUCUCUUAUAUAA